AUGCAUGCGAGCUCUUCCCUAUAUCUCAUCCUCCUCUUCAUUUCCACCGUUUCUUUCGCCGCCGGCGAGAGAUUCAAAGAAGCUCCGGAGUUUUUCAACUCCCCGGAGUGUCACACCGUCGAAAACGACGACGGUUUCUUCUGUUCAGACAAAGCCGUCCACGUGGCAAUGACCUUAGACGCGGCUUACCUCCGUGGCUCAAUGGCCGUGAUUCUCUCCGUCCUCCAACACUCCUCUUGUCCACAAAACAUUGUUUUCCACUUCGUGACUUCAAAACAAACCCACCGACUCCAAAACUACGUCGUUUCUUCUUUCCCUUACUUGAAAUUCCGUAUUUACCCUUACGACGUAGCCGCGAUCUCCGGCCUCAUCUCCACCUCCAUCCGCUCGGCGCUUGACUCUCCGUUAAACUACGCAAGAAACUACCUCGCCGAGAUCCUCCCCACGUGCCUCUCACGUGUAGUCUACCUAGACUCAGAUCUCAUACUCGUCGACGAUAUCUCCAAGCUCUACUCCACUCACAUACCAAACGACGUCGUUUUAGCCGCGCCGGAGUAUUGCAACGCCAACUUCACCACUUACUUCACACCGACGUUUUGGUCAAACCCUUCUCUCUCCAUAACACUCUCUCUCAACCGUCUCCGACCACCGUGUUACUUCAACACCGGAGUGAUGGUCAUCGAGUUAAAGAAAUGGAGAGAAGGAGAUUACACGAGGAAGAUCAUAGAGUGGAUGGAGUUACAAAAACGGAUCAGAAUCUACGAGUUAGGAUCUUUACCACCGUUUUUACUUGUCUUCGCCGGAAACAUAGCUCCGGUGGAUCACCGGUGGAACCAACACGGUUUAGGAGGAGACAAUUUCAGAGGAUUGUGUCGAGAUUUGCAUCCUGGUCCAGUGAGUUUGUUGCAUUGGAGUGGGAAAGGGAAGCCUUGGGUAAGGUUAGACGAUGGUCGACCUUGUCCGCUCGAUGCACUUUGGGUUCCCUAUGAUUUGUUAGAGUCAAGGUUCGACCUCAUCGAGAGUUAG